GGUCAAACCUUUUUUCCCCCAAAUACUUUCUUCAAUAAAUUCUCCAACAUCACACAGUACACUUCUCUGUCACUAAGCGAGAGAUGUCUUCCCUUGCAGCUAGGGUUUUCAGAUCGCUUCUAGCUCCUGCAUCUCGAGCCGCCACCUCUUCUUCCCGAAGUGCAAGCACUGUCGCCGCUGGAGGCACCAAGAAGUCGGCGGCGAAACCGAAGGCGAAACCUAAGCCAAAGCCGAAACCAGACUCUCUGGCGAAGAAGAAGACGCCGAGGACUACCGGAAUCUUCAAGGCGACGACUGUCUCUCCGGCUCUUGCUCAGUUCCUUGGUACCGGUGAAACCACACGUACCGACGCCGUCAAAGAGGUUUGGACCUAUGUCAAGUCCCACGAUCUUCAGAAUCCUGCUGACAAGAGGGAGAUCUUCUGCGAUGAGAAGCUGAAGCAAAUCUUCGAAGGGAAAGACAAAGUCGGGUUUCUGGAAGUCACCAAGCUCUUGUCCACGCACUUUGUGAAGACUACUGCUUGACUAGCUCAACACGGAAGGAAGUUCUUGUUCUCGUUCUUAACGUUGUCAAAUAAUCUAUUAACUCUUUUGGUGUCUGUUUAAAACGAUUGUAAACAUGGUUUGACUUGUGAAGAAAGUGUCUUGACAUCAAGUUUGCAAACUAUUUAUCUUAAUCAAGUAAUUAACUACUUCAUUUUUAUUAA